AUGCAUAGACUUCUGUGUAAAUUCGAGCAAGUAGCGAUGCGUGUAUUUCCAUCAGACGUCCGACGAGGACAAAUUGGUUCUAUCGAAUUUAAUAUUUGGUUAUCACAAAUGACCGGAGUUCCAUUACCGCCGUCAUUCGUGCCGUUACGACGUCGCUUUCGUCAGAUUUUCGAUCGUGCUGAGGUGGAAAAUAAACUUUUUCUAGUAAUCUACGCGACCGUGAUCGGUUUCACUGGUUUUACAGCGAUGAUAUUGGUUUUUAUAAAUCCCGAUAUGGCUGGAAAAAUAUUUCCUUAUCGCGUUGCAUUACCCGCAUGGUUACCCUUACCCGUACGGGUUGCAUAUAUCGGUACUACCGAUUUUAUGUUCGCUGUACAAAUUGUGACCGUUGAUUAUUUAAACAUUGGCAUGAUGAAUUUAUUGCGCUGUCAUUUGAAUGUCAUGAAGUCAUCAUUUGAUGAAUUGAAUUUCAAUGUAAAAUGUAUGAAAAGUGAUAUAAAACGCAUUAGGGAUCCUAAUGAACGAUUAGCAGAUAUUGUACGGCAUCAUUGUGUAUUAAAGUCUGUUCGCGAUGAUGUGGAGCAGAUUUUUCGUCUACCCGUUUUGUUGCAAUUCUUCACUUCAUUGGUUAUCUCUGCAGUCACCGGUUUUCAGGCCACGAUAUACUCUAGCAAUUUUAAAAGCGAGCUGAUCAUCUAUUUCUAUUGUUUCUGCAUCUUUACACAACUUUUCGGCUACUGUUGGUUUGGUAAUGAGGUUAAUGAGCAGAAUAAAACACUCGCGGCACGAGGUUACAGCUCUUCUUGGUAUUAUUUCGAUAAUCGUUUUCGAAAAUCACUUGCGAUUUUCCUCGUUAAUGCUCAGCAACCUUUUGAUUUUACUGGCGGUGGUUUUGUGGCGCUAUCAUUGCCCAGUUUUACGGGUAUAAUGAGUAAGGCCUACAGUUUUAUUGCAGUUUUGCGUCAAAUGUAUGAUCGUUGAGUGAUUGCUUGGAU